AUGUGGGAGAACUUCAUCGAGAGGACGUACAACAUCACUGCCCCGUUGAACACGAAUAUCCCGAAUAUUUGCUUCCAAACAGAUCGCAUUCGUAUCUACUGAAAGAGCUCGAGGCGAUGAAAUGUUGUUCUUUAUGUACUAGGGUGUCACGUCCUCGCGAGUUCUAUUGAAGCUUUCUAGAGAAAACAGUGAAGAAGGGUGAAGAGUAGUCAUUGCAUGUACUCAUCUACUAUAGCAAUUCAAGUAGUCACAAACUCUACUACAAUCACCUCGAGGAUGAUCUGUUUGACGAUUGUCCUUGCAUACACGAGCUACAGACCCUGGAAGACGCGAUCGACAAGCAGGGAGGGCUAUCAUAUUUAGAAUGCGUCCCGAACCACAUGCAAGAAAUCGAGCUAGAAAUUAUACUUCUGCAUGACAUUAGACUAAUAUUUUCGAUUCGCAACGAGCGGCAUGGCGAGUGCUUGGAUGGUUUGUAAUCAAGGGCCCUGCUCUUGCUCAGGUGGGCGAGUAGUAUUUCCAUCAUAGCUGAGAUGGGUGCACUUUUGGAUCUGAUAGCGGGAGAUACACCAGGUAAAAGUGAAGCAGUUGCACCACACGCAGGACACGCAGAAGGACAUCGGCAAAAUCUGCAGCCAGUUGCACCACCUCGUCCGUCAGGGCGACCAAGAUGCAAGUGUCGCGAAGCAGGCGAUGAAAAUCGCGAUGGAGGUAUGGAACUGGCGGACGGAAUUCGUGGCUGACGUGCAGAAACAACUAAACGACGUCAACGACACUACCAAAGCCGAGAUCCAGAAAAACGCGCAGGUGGGCAAAACAUUUUGAGCGGGUGAUCGUGGUCGGAAGAUGCUGCGAUUGCUUGUAACAUGUGUUUGUGAAGACCCCGCACACUGAACAAGGAUGUUGCUUGCAUUUGGUAGAAGUAUACGCGCAGCCAAUACAAGCAUGAAAGAAGCAAACAAUUCGCUCCGCAUCGAACAAUUCUCCAAAUCAACACUCAGGUUAUUCUGCAAAAGUGGAGCGACACGCAGAUGAACUUCAGCCGAGAAUUACGGGAGAACAGGCUCUCGCAGGUGGAUACGAUCGCGCAAGCAGCUCCUUAUCCUGUUUACUGCCACUUUUGCUUGAUAUAGUACAUUGCACUUCACAACGUCUGAGCAUAGUACUUAUGCAGAUCCACUGAGCAACUGUCUGAAUGACACUUCACGACUCGCGUCGAGCGUUGUUGAUAGAUACACUAAAUUGGGUCGAAAAAUGAGAAGUGAGCAGUUUGAGAUGCAUAUUGGAACAACGCGUGAAGGACUCGUUGACCGUCUUGCGAUUAUGGUCCGGGCACGUCAUUCCGGGAUGGGAGGAAAUGCGGGAAUUUCUGAUGCAGGAGGACGUACUGAAGUUUUUACUUUCAUUAGGAACGCAAUGAAUAGUGGUAGUACUAGUAGAGCAAUGUGAAUGUCUCUUCACAACGUUAGAAAAAGUGUGAUGACAGUAAAGGCGCCAGCCGGUAAUUUGGGCGCAGUAGUGAUAGUGUAAGCACGAUGGAGAACAUUGGUCUUCAGUGCGGUCAAAGACCAAACAAGGUAAAUUUCAUUAUGAUGAAACACUAGGCAACACACCCUACCGUCGUCAAGACACGGCUACGACUGGAACAUAUCCAGAAGCACGCACCAACCACUGAAAUCGGAGAAAUCAUAAAAGAAGUAGCCACGCUGCGCAAUCAGUUAUCGUUGGAGAAAUAUUUCGUCUUCCCCUUGACUCGUAAGUAGCCCGUUUUUUGCUUUGCAGUCAACAUGAUCUAUGCACAAAUGCCGAGUUUAGGUUUGAGGUUCUAGAUCUAGCUGAGCCUGCUGUUGCUUGUCCUACCACCACUUGGACAGAGCAGCGCGAGCUAGCCCUAUUCUCCUUUGACAUAAUCUUUUAGCGAUUCAGACUCUGCGCGUCGCCCGCAGAAAAAGAACCGGAUUUGUGAGUGGGGAAAGCGAAAUUUUCUCCAUCUGAUAUCCGUACCAAGUGAUCCUCUCCAAGCGGAGGGUCAAGCAGAGCAGCAGCUAUCGAAUGCAAAUAAUCUGUCUGGGUCUGAAAACUUGUGAUGCUGAUCUGUGGAUGAUUGAAAUACUUCCCACUGCAGCCAAGCAUGACAAGUUUUCCGAACACCUUCGCAUGCGCAGUCCAUAUCUGUAACCACGCUUCUGCAUGACAAAAGAAGGCGUCUUUUUGUACAGCCGAUAUGCAUAUACAGAUUUUACAGGAUUGCAGCAGUGGGAUUACAUGCAAGUUCUAUUUUUCCAGACCCAGAUAUAUUUGCAACGCAUACAGACAAACAACCAACGAUUACUCCUUCGGACGACGGUGACGAUGUUGACAAUGACUCCAACUCGUUGUGAGUUCGAAGCUUGAUCUUGAAUGAAAUGAAAAAAAAAAAAAACUGACUCUCUGUACCAAAAAUCCUUGAGCUGUACGCCCCCCGAUCUGAAUACUUGAAAAACGCGAAAAAUGGACGGAAGUAUGACUAUAAUGACACAGUAGCUGUGCUAGCAGAAUACGGCACGCCGCGUUGAUGAGCUCUCAUGCACUCGUGCACAGGUGGUUGUUUCUUCGCAAAAGAACUCCUCUCUAUACAGGAUUGCCAAUGUCUUCU